AUGCUGCCGAUGGCACUGUGGACGGUCCUGGUGGCUGGAGGAAUCGCUCGAUCGCAGGUGCUGGCCGCCGCGAGCACACCUCUCAACGCCUCGCUCCUGGCCGAGCUGAUGGCCGAUCUGGGCAUCGCCAACGACUCGUACCCGUUCGUCUGCUACAACGGCACAACCGACUACGGCUGGGCCGGCCUUGUUGCCAAGCUUGGGGAGCCAGACAGAGACAUUGUCGUCGAGGCCGGCUGGUGGGACUCGUCCAUGAUCCUCAACCACGUCUACGAGAUUCUCCUGCGCGACAUUCUGGGAUACGGAGUGCUGGACCAGCUCUACAGCGGGGGUGCCUCGACCGGUCCUCGCCUGCAAUACAACGUCACGGAUGCCUCAGUAGAGCUCUGGCCCUCUGACGCAACUUACUUUGAGGAACUCAUCGUCUAUGAGCGGUCGGUCGUCUAUGCAGGGUCACCUGGCUACAUCGGCCACAUUGGCUGGUACAUCCCAACAUGCAGCUCAGGCCAGUCACUCCUCAGGGUCGUCGACCAAUACCCGAAUUACACCAUGGACUUCUGGAGAUCUUUGCGUGAUCCUCAGGCACUGUCGCUGUUCCCGGCCUCGGGAACCGGCCCGCGAUACGUCAACCCCGACGGCACACCCGAAUGUGAUAAUAUACCCAAUGGUUGCAUGAAUGGCACCUAUACGCCGGCGCAAUGCGUCAACAAUCCGUACUGUGUUGAGUUUUGGGGAAAUGAUCCGUCAUACUCCAAGUACUACAACGAGCGCUUGAUCGACGGCCUCCAGUUGAACAUUACGAUCAACUACCUGGACGGAAACGGAGACGUGCAGACAUGGGUAGACCAGAAGAUUCAGCCCAUUAUCUUCUACUACUGGACUCCCAGCGUUCUGCUCGCGACCCGCAACAUCACCCGCAUCUCGUUUCCAAACAUCUAUGCUGGCUGUAUCGACAGUUUUCUGAAAGAUCGUGAACAUACCUUGGUCACCUGCGACUAUCCCCCAGACUUUUUAUUCAAGGCGUCGAGCCUGGCUCUCAAGAAUGACUUUCCGUAUGCAUAUGAACUGCUCGAAAAGCUCAUGGUAUCCGAGGCCGAUAUCACGGAGAUGCUGAAGAUGUUGGACAAGACCAACUAUACCUUCCGCGACUUUGCCGUCGUCGCAUGCAAUUGGAUCAACAGCAACGAGGACACGUGGAGCAAGUGGAUUCCCUCACCCCCCUCCCUCGCAGUCGCCUCAUGUCCUACAGGUACGGGCAUAUACCGGAUCGGCCAGGAGGACCUGUGCCUCACCUGCAAUGCAGGCACAUACAACUGGAGUCCAAACAACACGAUGCCGUGCCAGACCUGCCCAAGCUCGGCAACAUGCAGCGGAGGCACCAGCGUGGUCCCGUUCCCGAACUUUUGGCUGGACGCCAAUAACAACCCUGUCCAAGUCGUGCGAUGUCCUCUGGACGGUGUCUGCUCCAUGAAUCAGUUGGAAUUUAACGUCUCGAACCAGUGCUCUGGGGGGCUCUCUGGGGUUCUGUGCACAGAGUGCGCCGAUCCAAACAAAUACGAAUGGAACGCUUGGCUCGGUACCCUGGCCUUCACACUGGCUAUCUAUAUCCUGCCCAAGCGGUCGAGCGCAUCGAUAGGCAUCCUGACAUUCUACUUCCAAGUGGCGGCGCUGAUCAAUCCUCAGCUGUCGGUGGGCACGCUGGCCAAUAUUCUCUCGAUUGAUAUGGAAAUCUCGCCAACAUGUCUGGUGCCCCUUCGGGGCAUCUCCAAGGUGUUUUUCUUCUAUAUCGUCCCGGUUGUGAUGCUGCUGAACCUCGUGGUGCUGCACCGGCUGGGCACACCGAUCCGCGCCUGGGCAAAGUCGACCUUUGUGUGGCAGCGAAUCCUCAAGAACAACCCCGUACCAACCUCGCGCCGGGCCAACUUCAUCUCAUCCAUGUUCGAGCUGCUGAUGUGCUUUGUCCUGCCGAUCUUGAAGGUGUCCCUCAGCAUCCUGGACUGCAGAAGGAUCAACAAUGCGGUUGUGAUGUACACGGCCGCCAACACCAUCUGCUGGACAGGUGUGCAUCUCGGGGCGGCUGUCUGGGCCAUUGUGGUGCUGGUGAUACUUGUCGGCAUCCUGCCAGCAUUCAUGCUCUUCAGAUUGCUCACCCUCAAGAAACACGGCUGCCUGGACCAACCCGAUCAAGAACGCGUAUGGGAGCGCUGCAUGCAUCUGCCCUAUAGAAAGACAUACUAUUAUUGGGCGCCGCUGCAGCUUCUCGAACGCAGCACCAUCCUGUUGUACUUUGUCUUUUGCCUUCCAGGGAGCAACUCGACAUCGAAUGCCGCUCGGCUCCCCUUGCUGCUCGCUGUGAUGGGCUUUCGGUUCUACAUCCAGCCGUACAAGAACCCCGUGUCCGCCAAGCUCUACCAAUGCGUCGGGACGUGCUGGUUCUGUUUGGUGGUGAUCAACUUUUACCUCAUUCUCGGGACCACAGGCUGGAGCCAGGUUCUGCUGGGCGAUCUGGCCAUCAUCAUCUACUUUGCACCGCUGGUCCUUGCGGUCUGUCACUACAUCCUCCUGCUCCGCAACAUCACCAUCGAGCCGCUGUGGCGAUGGAUGUGGAAUGGCCACAAGAAACGAGUUGUGCCCAUCACCGACGUGGACGACGAGCCGCAUCCAUCUGCGGCACCCUGUCCAAACGGCAGCGCAGAGAGCCAGAAGGCGUGAGUGGUGCUGGCCGCGAAGAUGGCGGGUAGGCCAAAGUCCUUUGCAAACGAAAUCGUGUCGGUGGUGGCCAGCAGCCACCCCUUUCGGUCUUUGAUCGUCCCCCCCCCCGCGCGUUCUCGAAUCCAGCGGCUCGUCGCAAACGCCGUGACAAUGCGAGUAUGCGGUGCCUCUGUCUGUUUUUGACAAACUCGAUACCAUAGC